CGGACCUCGGCUGCUCUCUUGGACUUGUCCAUUGAAAGAUAAUUAGGAUGUAUCAUCUCUUCGCUUCAGUUGUUUUCUACUUCUUCCUACUCCUCUUCACAAUACAGAUAAUUCGAAGACGGCGAUAGCCUCUUUUUUCUUGCCCUUGCCUUGACUUGAUACACUCUGGCCGUUCCCCGUUUGUUUCCGCGACAACCCCGCCGCCUCUCUUACACAUCACAACUACAACAAACAACAGCAACAACAACAACAUCAUCAUCAUCACCAGUUUAUUAAACAUGUCGCAGUCCAAGCCCGUCGUCCCCCAAAAUGACAACGUCGCCCACGCCCUCGCCGGCGCCGGUGGUGGCAUCCUGUCCAUGGCCUUGACCUACCCCCUAAUCACCCUCUCCACCCGCGCCCAAGUCGAAUCCAAGCGCUCCGCCGACACCACCUUCCUAGCCGCCGUCCAAAAGAUUGUCGCGCGCGAAGGCAUCUCGGGUCUCUACUCUGGUCUCUCGUCAGCCCUCUUCGGCAUCUCCGUCACCAACUUUGUCUACUACUACUGGUACGAAUGGACGCGCGCCUUCUUCGAGGCCGCCGCCGUCAAAGCCGGCCGAGCCUCCAAGAAGCUAACCACGGUGGAAUCCAUGAUCGCCGGCGCCAUCGCCGGUUCGGCAACCGUCAUUUUGACGAACCCCAUCUGGGUAGUCAACACGCGCAUGACCACGCGCAAAGCGGCUGCUGCUGAUGACGAUGAGAAGAACACCGCCGCUUUGCCAGGCGCACCGCCAGCUAAGAAGCCCAGUACCAUUGGCACAUUACUUGCGCUGCUGAAGAACGAGGGCCCCCAAGCGUUGUUUGCCGGAGUGGUGCCGGCGCUGGUGCUGGUGAUUAAUCCCAUUUUGCAGUACACCCUGUUUGAGCAGAUGAAGAACGCGGUGGAGAAGCGACGCAAGAUGACGGCCACGCUGGCCUUCUUUUUGGGUGCGGCGGGCAAGUUGUUUGCGACGAGUGUGACGUAUCCGUACAUUACGGUCAAGAGCCAGAUGCAUGUGGCGCCUGCUAGCGAUGGCACCGGGACGCAAAAGAGGGAGGGCAUGAUGGAGGCGAUUAAUCGCGUGGUGAGGGAGGAGGGGUAUGCUGGGUUGUACAAGGGCAUCGGCCCCAAGGUCACUCAGUCCGUCCUCACGGCUGCCUUCCUCUUCGCCUUCAAGGACGUGCUCUACGAGCAGACGGUCAAGCUACGGGGCCGCGUCACUCGCAAGGCCCUUGCUUAGAGGGCUGUUGUGGCCGCCAUGCCGAACCUCGCAAGGUACUACGCUUAGUGGGCGA